ACUGUCUGCGCGUGUAGUCAAACUCCCGUACCCAUUUCAUUAAUUAAUAUUUUUUUCUAAAACGUGAAUUCACACAUUCUUGAUUCUGCAACAACUACCAGCAGCAGAAGUUGACUUUCUUUUACAUCAUUGAAGCUUCUCCAGUGUUGAACAAUGGUGGCUCCUUCUUCUCUGCGCACUUUUGAAGUACUGCUUCUUGUUCUCACAAUUUUGCUGCAGAUAGCAUUUCAUCAGAUUGAAGCUGCUUCUGCAAAAGUUGAAUACCUUCCUGGUUUUGAUGGCCCACUCCCCUUUUAUCUUGAAACUGGGUACGUGGGAUUGGGGGAGACAGAUGAUGACUUGCAAGUAUUUUACUAUUUUAUUAAGUCAGAAAAUGAUCCUAAAAAUGAUCCUCUUAUGCUAUGGCUAACUGGUGGUCCUGGUUGUUCUUCAUUUUCUGGCCUUGCCUACCAAAUUGGUCCAAUAAAGUUUAAAAUUGAAGAAUACAAUGGGAGCUUACCUAAUUUGGUUUUGAGGCCACAGUCAUGGACAAAGGUAUCUAAUAUUAUUUUUGUAGAUUUGCCAUUUGGAACAGGCUUCUCAUAUGCAAAAGAUGUCAUUUCCCAUCGAAGUGAUUGGAAACUUAUUCACCACACCCAUCAAUUUAUUAGGAAGUGGUUUAUUGAACAUCCGGAAUUUCUUUCAAAUAAAUUUUAUAUGGGAGCUGAUUCUUACUCUGGAAUUCCUGCUCCAGCUAUUGUUCAGGAAAUUUCAAAUGGAAAUGAUAAAGGUCUCCAUCCCUGGAUAAAUCUACAGGGAUAUCUAUUAGGAAACCCAGUUACCACAAAGAAAGAGUCAAAUGAUCAGAUACCAUAUGUUCAUGGAAUGGGACUUAUUUCCGAUGAACUCUAUUUGUCACUGCAGAGAAAUUGCAAAGGAGAGUAUAUGGAUAUAGAUUCAGAAAAUGAAUUGUGUUUAAGAGACAUGAAGUAUUUUCAAAAGUGUCUUUCGAGAAUUAAUAUGUUCGACAUUUUGGAUAUCUAUUGCGAAGAUGAUUCUCUUAAGAACAAUGAAGCGAUGCAAAGGAGAUUUUUGACUGAAAUGCCUGAGGCCUCUCUUAGUUCUUAUCUAACAGUGCCAGCAAUGAGCUGCCAAAUUUAUGGUUUCUUCCUCGGCACUCAAUGGGCGAAUGAUGCAAGUGUUCGCAAGGCACUGCAUGUUAGAGGGGAAAUAGGGAAAUGGGAACGGUGUUACACUACUGAUUUUGACCAUGAAAUCACUAGUAGCUUCGAAUUUCAUGUAAAUCUCAGCGCAAAAGGCUAUCGAUCUUUGAUAUACAGUGGCGAUCAUGAUGUAGAGGUUCCUUUCUCGUCGACUCAAGCGUGGAUAAGGGCUCUAAACUACUCCAUUGUAGAUGAUUGGAGGCCAUGGCUUUUGAAUGGUCAAGUUGCAGGAUUCACAAGAACUUACGCAAAUCAAAUGACAUUUGCAACAGUGAAAGGUGCAGGGCAUACAGCUCCUGAGUACAAGCCUGAUGAAGGUUUUGCCAUGUUCUCUAGGUGGCUCUCUAAUGUCCCUUUGUAGUUGCUCAUUCAUCUAUCGUUUGUUUUUAAUUAUUAAUUAUGUAAUGUGUAAAUAUUUGCAACAAAAACUUACUUUCAAAAUUUAAAAUAAUUUUUAUAUGUUGUCAUUAAACUAUUGUAUUACAUGGGAUACAGUGCCAGGAAUAAAAAGUGAAUAUUAAGCCCA